GCAAUGUCUGCCUUGCGGCGCUGGUUGUUGCUGGCAGCUCUGUUGGCCUCACCUUGUGCAUGGUCCACUCCAUCACCAGGACUGAGACCUCGGCAAAGUGCCCUUGCUCGGCGAGCUAGCGAGCAGGCUGAGAAGGCUGCGUCCAGGACCAGGGGCAUGCUGGGGAUUUCUCAUUGGAUCCAACAUGCUCCAGGGAAUCAUAUCGAUUUGAUGCAGUCAUAUGAGUCAUCAGUGAAUGUGUCAGCUGUCCAAUUGUAGGCUAGUUACGGCUAGUUGCUUGUGAGGAUCGACAGCCAGGGCAUUUCACUCUUUCGACCCGGAUCUGCCUUUGCAGCAAUAUGCAUUGCCUACAUGGCAGGUAUAGUGGGGGAGCCCUGGGGAAUCCCACUAGCUUUAUGGAUCCAAUGGAUCUGUUUCUUCCACUUCCGAAGCUCAAAGUCCAAGGUUGCAACGGAGCUGAUUGUCUUUGAUUUUGGUAUGCCAAAGGCAGCAUAUCACUUCUACUCGGCAUCACUUCCUUCUCUUGUGGCGUUUCCACAAUGCCUACGCAUCGUGUGCCCCAUGGCGGGGGUUACUGCAGGGAUCGGCUCUGAGGCUCUGCGCCUCUUUCCUCUUGGUUUGCGCAAGUCUGGUAAGCUCCGGAAUGUGCUGCGUGCAGCAGGUCUUUUGCUGCUGCCGGGGCUGUUAAGCUUUGUGACCGCCAUUGGGGCGGUAAGAGCCUUCCUCCGGGAAUGGAGUUCAUUCCCAUGGGGAUCGCGUUCGCGUGGCUUGCAUCACUUGGAAGAGGUUCGAUUGUGGCAUGUGGUGAUGCUUCUGACAUUUCUGGUCUGUAUUUGGCUGCUGAGACGGGCAGAAAACCGGCAAGAGUAGUUAGGAUGUAGCUCCUAGGUCUGAUAGAUUUGUUUUGUAGAUUUAAAGGCCAUUUGAAGCUGCUCAAAGCAUAGCAGCGAGCACGUGCACUGCAGCCGCUCAGAAAACCUACUAUUGUUCGCCAGCGAACUGUGGGAUUUCAAGCCGCAAAA